CUACAUCAGUGAUACUGGUUAACGUUAAUGACAACAUUGUUAACAGUCGGUCGUUAACUUGUAACUUUGCGUUUGUGUUUACGAUUUUUCAGUGCUUCACCCAAACACCAUCAUUGACCUUAACCUGAUGAACACUAUUUUAUGCAGUUAACCAACAGUUUCAUUCACCAAUAUUACCAAUAUCAUCGCAAUUUGUUUUGAUUUCAAGCUAAUCAUGUGAUGAUUCUUAUACUGACUCAUAUUAAUCUUGUCAUUACCUCUCCUCUCUGUGCCACUCAUCCAUUUUUUAUCCAAUAAUCAAUACCAUUGAUAAUUGUCUUGGUGAUCAGCUGAUGUGAUCUGAUUUCGCCGAUAUCUACUAAUCAUUUGACUAUCUAAUCGGACUCUUCUUUCCGCGGAAUCUUCAUUGUUUUUAUAAAAUGCAUUAGUGCAAUCAAUGAGGAAACUAGCAACAAAAAUAUCAAAUUGAACAAAAAAUGGGUUUAUUUUUCUUCCUUGCCAAAUGUAUAAAUUUUUAUAAUACAGUUUAAAAUUAAUCAAUUUGUGAACCUACUGAGCAACAGUUAACACUGUAACUGUUGUUAUUUAUUAAUUGUUUAUUUUUAAUAUUACUACCAUUGGAAAUCUUAGUGAAAAGGAAAAGAAACUUCGACUGUUCAAAAUGUUGAUUAAAGCAAUGACAGUGACUUUGAGCUUAAUACUAGUAGCUAACAUCUUGGCUUUCUACCCAGUAACUGCUCCACCGCCAAUGUCAACACCCGAUGACUACAAUAAUCAUGAUAACGCAAUUGAAUCAUUUUCAAAUUCCUACUCUUCUGGAUCAUCUUUCUAUGGUCAACGAUUCCUAGUAACACUGAUAUCUCACAUAUUUGAAAUGCUGAAUUUAAAACAAGUAGUUACCGAUAUUAAAGAGAGUCGAGCAACCGAAGCAACUUGUUAUGCAUGUAAAUUCGGAAUAGCUUUGGUUCAGCACUUCAUUGAAUUCGGAAAAGGUAAAGAGGAAAUGGCUAAACUAGCAACAACCGUUUGCAUUACCCUUAAAAUUGAAGAUCGUACAGUUUGCAAAGGAAUCAUUAAUACUUAUAAGGAUGAAUUUGUCGAAGUCGUUUCUCAAUUGGCCUUCAGUCCAACGGAAAUCUGUGGCACAAUCCUUGGCGAUUCUUGCGCUGAAGUUUACAAUCCAUUGCAUAAUUGGACCGUACCCUUGACUCCUUUGCCUAAACCAGCUGUUCCCAACCCACCAACAGUUCCAACAUCAAAUGUACCAACUCUAAAGAUAUUGCAAAUCUCUGAUACUCAUGUUGAUCUUCAAUAUUUGGCUGGUGGAGAGGUCAAUUGUGGUGAACCUUUGUGCUGUCGUAAGCCUGUAAGCUCAUUCAGGGGACACAAAAAGGAUCAUAAAAUGGCCGGCUAUUGGGGUGAAUACGAUAAUUGUGAUAUACCUUUACGUACUCUUCAAGCCAUGUUGAAAGACAUAAAACAAAACCAUGUUGAUAUUGAUUAUGUUAUAUGGACUGGCGAUAUUCCUCCUCAUGAUGUUUGGAAUCAAACUAGAAAUGGACAAGUUGCAUUGUUGAAACAAAUUUCAACCCUUAUAAAUCGUUAUUUAGGUGAUAUUCCCAUCUAUCCUGCCUUAGGAAACCACGAAUCCGUUCCUGUUAACAGUUUCCCGCCGCCAUCUAUUAAAGGAUCUUACUCAAUUUCAUGGCUAUACGAUGCUCUUACAGAGGUUUGGUCUCAAUGGCUUCCUCAAGAUACAAUCAAAACCAUCGCAAAGGGCGGCUAUUAUUCAGUUUAUGUUAAGCCUGGUUUGAAAUUAAUUUCAUUGAACAUGAACUACUGCAAUAAUCUAAACUUAUGGUUAUUAUUGAACUCAACCGAUCCUGCAGAUGAAUUGACUUGGCUAAUUAAUGAACUUCAAACCUCUGAAUUGCUUGGUGAAAAGGUACACAUCAUUGGACACAUUCCUCCUGGAUCAAAUGAUUGUCUUCAAGUUUGGUCUCGCAAUUAUUACAGAAUCAUCAAUCGAUUUGAAUCAACCAUUGCAGCUCAAUUUUUCGGUCACACUCAUCAAGAUGAAUUUGUAUUAUUUUACGAUGAAGAGGAUAAUACUGGACCAUUUAGUUCAUUCCGACCAACUUCAAUAGGUUACAUUGGACCCAGUGUGACAACCUUUGGAGGAGUCAACCCAAGUUACAGGAUUUAUUCAAUGGCAACAAAUGAAACAAAUUGGCCAUUCACAAUUGUUGAUCAUGCAACCUAUUAUCUUAAUCUAACUGAAGCCAAUCUGAAUCCAAAUCAAGUUACUGAAUGGAAUUACUCGUAUUCGCCUUUGGAUUCUUACGAUUUAGUCAAUCUAACCCCUUCAUCAUGGAAUCAGUUUGUUAUUUCAAUGGCUUCAAAUGAUACACUUUUCAAGACAUUUUAUGACAAUUAUUUUGUAGUCUCUGAUUCACACAAUCAAUGUACUGAGAAAGCAUGUCGAUUUGAAUUGCUUUGUCGAUUAAUUUCAGGCCAUUCAAAAGACACGAAAAUUUGUGACCAAUUUAUGGAUCAAUAUGGCUCCAUGUAAAUAUAAAUGAGACUAAAUAACAAUUAAUCAGCAUUAAA